CUUUCGUCAACCAAAAGACAUCCAAUUAAUAUGCUAAUGAGCUGAUAAAUAUUUAUAGGGGCUUUAAAUUAUGCAGAAAGCCUUCAUUUCAUCCCAGUGUGAAAUGCGUCACUCGGAGGACUUCAAAGCCUGGCAUUGCUAAUGAGGCGACUGAAGAUUUGCAUACGACUUUAAUCAGCUGAAUACUGAUUAUGCUUCAUUAUAGAGGAGGAGGAAGAGGGAUGGGGCCAACUCCACUUGUCAUUUGUUUCAUUGCAGCAAGAGAGAGGGUUAACUUUUUUCUCCAGUACUCACAAUCUUGUGAGGAGAGAGAGAGGCAGUGCUAUAAGAAAAGAAGUGAGAGGGAAGGAGGGCUGUUUGCCUAAACCCUGUUAGCUUUGCCUCUGUGUAUCCUGGUGUUGUUCAGUGAACCGUGUGGCAGAGCAGAGCCACUGCUGGUAUUGAACUCUGCUCAGCGGCCAGUGGAGAGGAGGCGGGAAGUGGGAGGAGCAGAGUGCCGGACGGAGGGGGUUUGUCCGGCAGAGAGGUUUUUUCCCCCUUGCGACCAUGCUUGAAACCGCAGGUGGAGCUAAAACCGAUGUAAAAGUGGAGCCAGAAACUCCUCGAUGUGCAAUGGAAAGUGGGGACAGGAACACUGGAAUCCAAACCAAUGGGUUGGACUUUCAGAGGCCGUCUGUGCCAACCACAAAUGCAAUCACCAAUGCACACGCACAAGCCCUCCUCCAACAGCUGACUCUGACACCGGCACAGCAGCAGCUGUUGAUCCACCAGGCCCAGGCUCAGCUUCUGGCUGCAGCCGUGCAGCAUUCAGCCAACCAGCAGAACGGCACCACCGGGGCCAGUAUCUCAGCAUCCGCAGCCACGCCCAUCACCCAGCUACCCCUGUCGCAGCCCAUCCAGAUCUCUCCCCAGCUGCAGCAGCAGAAUUUAAGUCUUCCCCAGUUUGUUCUGGUGCAGCCUGGCCAUCCGAUCGCCACGCCACUGCAGCCUGCUCAGUUCAUCAUCUCACAGACACCGCAUGCCCAACAGAGCAUAUUGCAAGCCCAGAGUCUUCUAACACAACUACCUCAAAGCCAAGCCAACCCUCUGCCGAAUCAACCAAGCAUAUCCCUUGCAACACAGCCUGCGACUCCAACACGCACCACAGCGGCCACACCCAUUCAGUCGCUGCCUCACAGUCAGACACCCCCCAAACGCUUGGACACACCCACUCUGGAGGAGCCAAGUGAUCUGGAGGAACUGGAGCAGUUUGCCAAGACCUUCAAACAGAGGCGGAUUAAACUGGGCUUUACACAGGGAGAUGUUGGCCUGGCCAUGGGUAAGCUGUAUGGAAAUGACUUCAGCCAAACUACUAUCUCUCGCUUCGAGGCCUUGAAUCUGAGCUUUAAGAACAUGUGCAAACUUAAGCCAUUGCUGGAGAAGUGGCUCAAUGAUGCAGUUUGUGCAGAGAACCUGACUUCUGACCAGACGCUGUCCAGCCCCCUCGGGUCAUCAAGCAUAACCAUUGAGGGGAUCAACCGCAGACGGAAGAAGAGGACCAGUAUUGAGACCAACAUUCGCGUGGCCUUAGAAAAGAGCUUUUUGGAGCAGAACCAAAAACCUACCUCUGAAGAGAUCACCAUGAUCGCCGACCAGCUCAACAUGGAGAAGGAGGUUAUUCGGGUCUGGUUCUGCAAUCGCCGGCAGAAGGAGAAGAGGAUCAACCCGCCGAGCACUGGCAGCAGUGGCGGGGGUGGCACCCCCAUCAAAACCAUCUUCACACCCAGUAGCCCUUUGGUGGCCAGCACGGCAAGCCUGGUCAGCAGUCCGACUAUAAACACACCCACCACGCUGACUGUCAACCCAGUGAUGCCUCUCACCACCACCAGCGUCUCCAGUUUGUCUUUCACAGGCACAACAGUUGGAGCCACCAACACAGCGUCCGUCAUCUCCACCACACCCGUAAUUACCACGGUAACCAGCUCUCCGUCUCUAAGCCCGUCCCCCACAACCGUUCAGUCCACUACCGCCACAGAGAAUAAAGUCGGUACUCAGGCGCACACCAUCGUCACGCAGGCCCCAACAUCCAUAGGCACCGCCACCCUCGGGGCGGGCCAGGUGAUGGUGGCAGCUUCGGGGCUGUCGGCAGCGCUUCAAGGGGCCACUCAAUUGCCCACCAGCGCAAAUUUUGCCGCCAUGGCUGCCGCUGCAGGGCUGAACCCAGGGCUGAUGGCCUCCUCCCAGUUCACUCCAGGUGGGGCCUUGCUGAGUCUGGCUCCUGGUGGCCUUGGAGGCGCCCUGAGUCCUGCCCUCAUGAGCAACAGCACCCUGGCCACCAUCCAAGCCCUUGCAUCGAGCGGCACCAUCCCGAUAACGUCACUGGACGGCAGCAACCUGUUGUUUGCCAACACCUCCACCGGCAGCGCGCCCAACUUGGUGACCACGCCGCUCUUCCUCAACCCCCAGAACCUGUCACUGCUCACCAGCAACCCGGUCAGCCUGGUGUCGGCCGGGGCGGGCGGUCUGCAGGUCACGGCCGACGCUCACCACCAAGCCACCACGACCAUUACCACUGCCUCCAAGGCGCAGUGAGUCCAUGACUGCAUCUGGAAUGAGCGCCCUGUUCCCCCUAGUCGCGGCGCACUGUUCUCCUCACGCCGUGCGGGAAACAUGGUGGUGGUUUGAUUUGGGCUCGAAAACACACAUCCACUCCAUUGUAUCUAUUAUUUAAUCCCUUUGCUCUCACCAAAAAAACAACCUCACCAGGUUGGGCUUAUUGUUUCUGGGUCUUUGUCUUUAUAAUAGAUGGACAUUUUUUCCCCUAGCUCAAAGAGUAGCCAGGAAGUGAAUGUCGACCCUAUACAUUUUGUAUAUACGUCUUCUAUUUGUCUUUCUAACCAAAAAUUUAGGAUUUCACUCUAAACCUACGACUAACUUCACAAUACACUUUAUCACUAACAGGGAUCACCUUCACUUAUUGUUUUUGGGCAGUCCUUGACGUAUAUCAUAUCAAAAGGUUUUAUUUUAUUUUAUUUUUUUACAUUUACAGAACUUUGUAUGUCUAAUACUACAGUAAGUUAACUCUCCUUUUUUAAUUGUGGUUAUAAGGCUUUAAAAACAAGUAAUAAGUGGCCGAUAUAAAGGUUAUCAUUGCUUUAAGGAUUGCGGGGACCUGUCGGGUCUCUACGAGUUUCUCUUUCUAGAAACACUGACUUUUACACUUGUCCUUGGGGCUUCUGUAAAAAAAAUGGUGCGGAUUGUAGAUGCAGAUACAAAAGGACUGAAAACUUCAAGAGCUUUAAAAACAUGCAGUGCAGUGGAGUGUUUGUUUUGGAUGGUAAAAGCUCAGUACGACCCUGAGACUGAAGUAACCAAAUGAUCCACAAGGCUCAGGGGUCUGGGCUAAGACCACCUGUCAGGGGGUGUGGUCGCCACACUAAAUGUUUGGUGAUGUUGGCUAAAUUAUUGUUUUUUCCUUCUAUUUCUUUGUAAUGGUAGUACCGUCGUAUCUACUUGUGCACAGUAUCUGUACCAAAAACUGGAUUGAUGAGCUGUUGUGGGAGGAACGACCCUUAUUUCUUUUUUUGUCUGCAGUCGUUUGCGUGACUGCGUACUUUACAGUAUACCAAAAAUAUUUGUUCAAGUAAUUGUAGUCGGUGUAACUUAGUCUAGUCGAUAUAUUUAUGAAUAGUAUCUCUCUUUGUCAGCGGAAGAUAGACAUGCAAUAUUUAGAUCAUUUUCCAAAGACCUUUUUUUUUUUAUUUUGGGAAAGUAUUUCAGUUAAUUUAAUUGGCAGCACAAUUGACCAAAAAUAUGGAAGCCUGAGUUGGACCGUGACAAACAUCUUUAUUUCUUUAUUUAUCUUCUACACUUUUACACUUUAAAAAAAAAAAGAACUGCGGCCAUUUGAUGGCUUCUCGUUGAACCAUUUGAGUAGCAACUUUUGGACAUUGGUGAAGCAGGAAAAAAACUCCCUCUUUUCAUUUGGCUUUUGUACUGUCAGCCAUAUGACAACAGCUUGAACCAAAGUGGUUUUCCUCAGUAGCGGCCGUGCCUGUCCGAGCACCCUUGUUGCCGGUCACAUGAGUUCACCACACUGCUCACAAAUGUCAGUAACUGCUAUUGUUGACACGGAGCGGUUGGGAGGCCGCUUCUGCCUUUUCCCAAUCGUUUAUGAACGUGUCCUGUGAAGAGCAGGUUUUGUGACUUGGCUUUUCUGGCUUGGAGUUGGGAAGGAUCUGCUGCCAACACUAGGGACGGGCAUCACAAUGUACUUACACCUUUUAUACAGAACCCCGCAAAGCAGGAUAUUGCUGCAACUGUGCACUUCUCUCUGUUACGGCUCUGGUACUGCCGCCGGAGGAGGUCCAGGGCAACUUUGUCCUCGAUUUACUUGAUUUUCCAUCAGUUAUGUGGAAUUGAUUGAGACGAUUUUGGUAAAAAUGUUGUGCACUACUCGACUGCAACCAGCAGAGGCGCUGUUGGUUCAGUCUCAACUACUUUGCUGUCUAAAAAAAAAAAAGUCGUGGAGUACAGUCACCCCUCGCUACAUCGCGGUCUGAACAUUGGGCCCUCACGCUUGAGUUUUCAGGUUAGAUCCUAAACAGACCAAAUCAAUAUGAAGCAAACACAAACAGUUAGCAUAUAAGAAAAGAGGCAAUGGUGUCCAUCACUGUUUUCCCAAAGUGAUAUGUUUGUCCAUGACGUGUCGUCGAAUGCCCGUCCCUAGUAUACCUAUGUAUCCAUUUGGAUUGCAGCAGCCCAUAUUUCUCCCAAAGACUCUCUGGUUUCUCACCAGGCUGAGUACUGUUACGUGGCACACAUUCAGCUAAACCCGACACAAUUGUUCUGCUGCUGCUUCUUUACUGAGGAAGCCAGAGGAUCUUCUUGUCUCAUUUUGACUGAAUAUACCUCAGCAGCACUUAAAACAUAAGGUUCACCCCUUUUUUUUUGACAUUUCUGUGUACAGAACAGUGUGGAAUGUAUAAAGUCAUAUCUGGCUCGCCAUUCAACGUUUAUAUCGCUACAUAGGAACCAUACACACAAGGACAACUACUGCUAUUUCAAGUACUACUAUUUCAUUUCUCUCUUCUGAGGUGUCAUGCUGUUGUUUUUAGAUCCUUCUUGCCAAAGUGAUAGCCUUUCUUUUUGCAGCUCUGACCGCCGUAUGGUCAGCGUACCAGUGGAACGCUGUUCGGUUCCAGCGCCGUUUUUUGUAGUUACCCAAGCGCGCUAGCGAGACGAAACGGCCACCACGGGGCACCAUAGGAUGUUACGAAAAUAUUUAUCUUGAGGAAAGACCUAAGAAUCAGAUAAAUUUUCUUUUCUUAGCUCUAUACAUAUAAAUAUAUAUAUAUAUAUAUAAACACUUGUAAGAUAUUCAUAUUUUAUAUUUGAACCAGUAUGUUAUCAAGACUGAAUGUAGUAUUUGACAACAAAUGAAUCCCCCAAAUAUUCCUUUUUUUUUAAUUUCUGAAAAAAAGGCAUUUUUUUAUUUUAAAACUAUCAAGACCAAAAAGUUAAAGCAAACUGACGCGGGUGCGCCAGCCAAUGAUGACAUGUCUGUCCACCAGGAGGGGGCGCUCCUGACGCACAGGUCCUCUGGUUGGUGUAGAGCGGAGACUCUGAAGUAUCUUUUUUUUUUUAAUACAUAUAUAAAUAUAUUAAUAUUUUUGGUUGAGUCGUUUUGGACUUGAUUUGCUGUGCUGUCUUUAACAAUCAUUUGUUUUUUAUUGUUUUGUUCUUUAUGCCUUUUAAUUGUUUUAUUAUGAGAGGGCAAGAUCACUGGCUUUCUAAGUUUUGACACACAUUAUCAUUUAUGCCUUAUUGUUACGUAGAAGACAUGAUUGCAUUGUGGUGUGGGUGUGUGGCUGAGGCAAGCUUCACCUCAUGCUCUGCGUCGCCUGGUGCAUUGUCACUGAAAAUGAUACAGUGUAGUUAUGGGCAUUAUUUUGGGAGUGUGAGAUGCUUACAUUGCUACCUACCUUAUGUUUUUGUCUGAGUGUGACUCAGACAAUACCUGUAAGAAAAGCUUUACUAAUAAUUCCAGCAGGUGUGUAUGAGUGAGCAUUGUAAUGAAUGGAGAUGCAUUCUGCAAACCGCUAAUAGUGCUUGAAGCAAGGGUGGGAAACCUAUGAUGCCAAGAGCAAGUCAUGCUGCCCGCCAUUCAAAAACGUAAUUUUUUUAAAGACACAAUUAAAGACCAAAAAUAUAGUACAGACAAUUUAGAGUCACCAAUGAAGCUAACAUGCAUGUUUUUGGAAUGUGGGAGGAAACCGGAAUAACCGGAGAAAACCCACGCACAAGAAUAUGCAAACUCCACACAGAUCAGUAAAAAUUGAAAAAUCAGCAGUGAUUUUACAAGAAUAAAGUCAAAAUAUUAAGAGAUAAAUUAUGAUCUUAUGAAUUAUGAGAAAAAGUUGUAAUUUUACCAAAUGAACCUCAUUUUAGUAUUUUAAAGUUGAAAUAUUGAAGCAAGAGCUCAACUUAUUCAGGUGCACAUAUUGUGAUAAACAACAAAAACAAGUCCAAAUAUUAUGGCAACAAAGCAGUGCUUCUCAAUUAUUUUCUGUAAUGCCAGAAUAAAUAGUCAGAAUUUAUUUUUUUUUGCCCCUUCUUCCCCAUCUGAAAUACUAGAGAAUCUAUUAAUUUAUCUGUACUGAAACCAGAAAAAUGCAGCGAAAUGGAGAGCAUGCAUAGUUUGAUAAGCACUGGGAUAUGAUAAGUCAUGAUCACGACAGUAAAAUUUGAAAAAAGUUUACAAAUAUAAACUUGUAAUAUUCUGAGAAAAAAAUAUUGUCACUUUAGUAGCACAAAGUUGAAAUUUUAAAGAGAAAAAUGUUAUCUUUUUUUAAAGUUCUAAUAUUAUAAUCAAAAAUGGGGGGGCUGAGUUAGGGAAGAAGUAUAGAAUAUAGGAACAAGUCAUUAUAUUACAAGAGAAAAUCAUUUUUGCUGAAAUGUUGCCUUGGUUUUUGUACAGUAUGCCACCUAACAAACCGCUCUGCUUGUCGUGUACAAAUAACACGCCAUGGGGCCAAAGAAUGUUGCCAGUGCCAGCAGUUUGAUAAAGAAGGUGAGAAACACUGUUGCCUUUUGGAGCAAAUUCAUGAUGAACGCUGAGGCUUCACUGUGCGCAUUAAUUUGAUGGUAUGUUAUCUUUAUUAUGAAACCAUAAACGCCCCCCCUCAUAGGAAAAAGGCUUCCCACCCUUGUCUUUCGGCACACACAUGUGAUUUUUGUCUCCCCAAAUUGUCCACAGGGAGGUUUUCUACUUGGCGGUUGCAGACUGGCGCUAGCGAGUCAUUUGUUUGGCUGCUUGAUUUUGAUCACAUGAUGCAGCUUUCCGAUGGAUGGGCUAACCCACCCCACGCUGUGGCGCACCAGUAUACCUCAUUUCUAACUCGAAACGGACUGAAAUUGCUUUAACCUACUUGUUUGUCAUCUGUCGGCGAAGCCCACUCAUUCCCAGUGUGAAAGCGUUCUCCAUGAGUACUUGCUCAUGUUUUAUUGCUUUCCGUAACAGGUUUUAUGUUGCAGGGGUUUCCCAAACUUUGAAUGAAUGUACGGAAAUUAUAAGAACACACCAAGGAAUUGGACAAUGAAACUACCGACAACCCCAUUUUGGGCCCCAACCCUAAGUUUGGAAACCCCUGCCAUUAAAUAAACAAAAAGGCCCACUUUCGUUCUUUUGUUUUGACAAUCCUAUUUAUUUUUUAGUGCAUGCAUCACACAACCCGACCCCAAACCCCGUGCAUGGUGGCGCCUUCCCAUGGUAACAACAUUAACCAAAGACUUGUAACUGAUUGUACAUGAACCGCCCGCCCUGCACCGCCGCCCCAUUUAGUGCAUCACGCUCGCCACGCUCACCACUUUCUUAGCUUUUGCCUGCAUGCGAAUGUUUCGGUGCUGUGGUUUUCAGUGCCUGCGGGUGGGGGUGGGUGGGUAGGUGGGGGCUUCUUCGACGGGUUGGUGGGAGCUGGGCGGUUGUUUAAUAUACACUGAGGAUUGAUCCUGGACUCAGGACUCCAUGUCUGUCUGUUUGUCUGUCUGAGUGCUGUUGCUAGCGUACACAUGCGUCACCGUCUCGCAAAGAAUUUUGCCUCUAGCAUAUAACCCCCCACCCCCGACACGCAUCCCGUACUCACUAGAUUUUUCACUGCUGUACCCUCCCUUAUUCACUACAGACUGAUCAACUGUGACACUAUGCAUCCUCCCCCUCCACCCACCCAGCCCACAACCCAGCGGGGGUCAUUCGGUGACACUUUGUUUACUCCCGAGUGGGAUUCCUCACAAAGCGCUAUCUAUCCCAAAGCUAAACUCUCUAAAUAUUUGUAUUUUUUUGUUAAAAUUAUUGUUGUUUUGGACAAACAAAAUGCAGAUACCAAAGAUAUCCCUCUGUCUGUCUCUUUCUCUUCCUUCUUCCGCCCUGCAGCAGCAUGUGUAUUAAGAGAUGAGCUCUCCAGCACUGGCUUUUUUUAAUCCAAGCCUCAGUAAUUCCAAAGUUUAGAUGUAUAUUUUGGUAUAUUUCUGAGAAAAAAUUGUGGAAUAAUAAUAUGAAUAAUAAGUCUGUUUGUUGUAUUUGUUUUCCUCUCUCUGUCGCAGCAUGGAACUAAUUGCAGAACUGUCUUACUGGGUUAAAAGAUAUUUUUGUAUGUUUUUGGGUGUGUGCGCGCGUGCGCAAAAUAUGGGCCCAAGUGACCAAAGGAUUAAACAAAAAAAGGCAAACAUGUACAUAUUAUGUCUGUGUAUCUUCAAAAAGGCAUCGUGUAAACCAAUAACUACUCACAGUGGACACUUGGGCUGUCUAAAGGAAUGUCCCCCCCGACCCCCCACCCAUCCUACCCUUUUUUAAUUAAUCUGCAGUUUAACAUUUCUUAACAGAACUCUUCAUGUAAAGAGUUUUCAUUUUGGACUAAAAAAACAAACAAAAAACACUGACUUCUGAGCUGAGUAUAGACUGGAAAAAAAGUAAAAAAAAACAAAACAAAACAAAAAAAGAAAUGAACUGAAUGAUUGUGUAGGAGUUUUAAGUAUGUGAAUCAGGAUAGUAGAUUUUGAUGCAUUUGUCUGCUGUAUUUUUGUUUUUAUACACGUAUACAAAUAAUCUUUUACUGUAAAUGUACAGUUCUCUUUUGUUGUAAACAUCAUUAAACCAUCUUCAAGUGUUUUGACAUGCCCUUGCCCUUUUUGCU